AUGUUUAAAUCACUAACAAUAAAAUCCAACAAGGUGAAGCCUAGAGAGGGAAACGAUGAGAGUAAACAAGGUCCUGAUCCAAGCAAUCAGCCUCAGCAAUCCACAAGACAGGAAGAAAACAAAAGUGAAAAGAAAUCUCUCCAAACCAAGAUGACUCCAGUCACAUUUGAAGAGUCACACACCAAAAUACAAGAUAAAAUCUCCGAAAAAAACUCACUCAAAGAUCUGACCACAACCUCUAACCAUCAAAAUCCAACAGAAUCAAAGGAAAUGAUGCCAGAGCAGAAAGAAAUGGAAACUGGGAAAGAAGGCCUAGUCAGUCCAAAAAGCAAACCACUUGGAGCCCCUGUUAUAAAUGAGUAUGCUGAUGCCCAGCUACGCAACUUGGUGAGAAGAAUGCAUCAAAGAACAAUCCUCUACAAGAAAAAGUUGGCAGAAGGAGAUAUAUCCUCACCUGAAGCCAGCCCCCAAACUGCAAAGCCCACAGCUGUACCACUGAUACAAGAAAGCAAUGCUAAGCCAAAAGAAGAACAUUACUAUCACAUAUUGUGUUUUAAAUUCCAGAAGAUGCCUCUGACAGAGUAUCUAAAGCGAAUUAGACUUCCAAGAAGCAUAGAUUCAUACACAGAUCAACUCUAUCUCCUCUGGCUCUUGCUUGUCACCAUUGCCUAUAACUGGAACUGCUGGCUUAUACCACUGCGCCUCGUCUUUCCAUAUCAGACACCAGACAACACACACUACUGGUUUAUUACAGACGUCAUAUGUGAUAUCAUCUACCUUUGUGAUAUGUUAUUAAUCCAGCCCAGACUCCAGUUUAUAAAAGGAGGAAACAUAAUAGUGGAUUCAAAUGAGUUAAAGAGACACUACAGGAGUUCUACAAAAUUUCAGCUGGAUUUUGUAUCAGUAAUGCCAUUUGAUGUUUUCUACCUCUUCUUUGGAUUUAAUCCAAUAUUUAGGGCAAAUAGGAUAUUAAAGUACACUUCAUUUUUCGAAUUUAAUCAUCACCUAGAGUCUAUAAUGGACAAAGCAUAUGUCUACAGAGUCAUUCGAACAACUGGAUACUUGCUAUUUACUCUGCACAUUAAUGCCUGUAUUUAUUACUGGGCCUCAGACUAUGAAGGAAUUGGAACUACUAAAUGGGUGUAUGAUGGUGAGGGAAACAAGUACCUGAGAUGCUAUUACUGGGCCGUUCGAUCUUUAAUUACUAUUGGGGGCCUUCCAGAGCCACAAACAACAUUUGAAAUUGUUUUUCAACUGGUGAAUUAUUUUUCUGGAGUUUUUGUGUUCUCCAGCUUAAUUGGUCAGAUGCAAGAUGUAAUUGGAGCAGCUACAGCCAAUCAGAGCAACUUCCGAAACAGCAUGGAUCAUACCAUUUCCUACAUGAACACUUAUUCCAUUCCUAAGAGUGUGCAGAAUCGGGUUCGGACUUGGUAUAAAUAUACAUGGGACUCUCAAAGAAUCCUAGAUGAGUCAGAUCUGCUCAGUACACUGCCUGUCACCAUGCAGUUAGCUCUCACCGUGGAUAUGAACUUCAGCAUCAUCAGCAAAGUUGACUUGUUCAAGGGUUGUGAUACACAAAUGAUUUAUGACAUGUUGCUAAGAUUGAAAUCCACUGUUUAUUUACCUGGUGACUUUGUCUGCAAAAAGGGAGAAAUUGGCAAGGAAAUGUAUAUCAUCAAGCAAGGAGAAGUCCAAGUUCUUGGAGGCUCUGAUGGUGCUCAAGUUCUGGUUACUCUGAAAGCUGGAGCAGUGUUUGGAGAAAUCAG